AUGGCACCCGCGAUCGGUAUUGAUCUGGGCACGACCUACUCGUGUGUCGGUAUCUUUAGAGAUGACCGCAUCGAGAUCAUCGCCAACGACCAGGGUAACCGGACAACCCCAUCGUUUGUCGCCUUCACCGACACUGAGCGUCUCAUCGGUGACUCUGCGAAGAACCAGGUGGCCAUGAACCCCGUCAACACAGUCUUUGACGCCAAGCGCCUCAUCGGCCGCAAGUUUGCAGACCCAGAGGUCCAGGCUGACAUGAAGCACUUCCCCUUCAAGAUCAUCGACAAGGGUGGCAAGCCUGUCAUCCAGGUGGAGUUCAAGGGUGAGACCAAGACAUUCACACCUGAAGAGAUAUCAUCCAUGGUCCUCGUCAAGAUGAGGGAGACUGCCGAGUCAUACCUUGGUGGCACCGUCAACAACGCCGUCGUCACCGUCCCCGCCUACUUCAACGACUCGCAACGUCAGGCUACCAAGGACGCUGGUCUCAUCGCCGGCCUCAAUGUUCUCCGCAUCAUCAACGAGCCUACUGCCGCUGCCAUUGCCUAUGGUCUCGACAAGAAGACCGAGGGUGAGCGCAACGUCCUCAUCUUCGACUUGGGUGGUGGUACCUUUGAUGUCUCCCUCUUGACCAUCGAAGAGGGCAUCUUCGAAGUCAAGUCCACUGCGGGGGACACCCAUCUCGGUGGCGAAGACUUCGAUAAUCGUCUUGUGAACCACUUCUGCCAAGAGUUCAAAAGAAAACAUAAGAAGGAUCUCACCACCAAUGCUCGUGCCCUCCGCCGUCUCCGGACUGCUUGCGAGCGUGCCAAGCGCACUCUAUCCUCUUCUGCUCAAACCUCGAUUGAAAUUGACUCUUUGUACGAGGGCAUCGACUUCUACACGUCCAUUACCCGUGCCAGGUUUGAAGAGCUUUGCCAGGACCUCUUCCGCUCUACCAUGGAACCCGUCGAGCGUGUCCUCCGCGACGCCAAGAUUGACAAGUCGUCUGUUCACGAGAUUGUCCUGGUUGGUGGAUCCACGCGUAUUCCCAAGGUCCAGAAGAUGGUCUCGGACUUCUUCAACGGAAAGGAGCCCAACAAGUCCAUCAACCCCGACGAGGCUGUUGCCUACGGUGCUGCUGUCCAGGCUGCCAUCUUGUCUGGCGACACUUCUUCCAAGUCGACGAGCGAGAUCCUGCUCCUCGAUGUCGCGCCGCUCUCCAUUGGUAUCGAGACUGCUGGUGGUGUCAUGACUCCCCUUAUCAAGCGCAACACCACCAUCCCCACCAAGAAGUCUGAGGUCUUCUCCACCUUCUCCGACAACCAGCCAGGCGUGCUUAUCCAAGUUUACGAAGGCGAACGCGCGCGUACAAAAGAUAACAACUUGCUCGGAAAGUUUGAGCUUACGGGUAUUCCACCUGCGCCGCGUGGUGUUCCCCAGAUUGAGGUGACGUUUGAUGUUGACGCCAACGGCAUCAUCAACGUGUCCGCGCUCGAGAAGGGUACUGGAAAGACGAACAAGAUUGUCAUCACCAAUGACAAGGGCCGUCUGUCCAAGGAGGAGAUUGAGCGGAUGUUGGCUGAGGCUGAAAAGUACAAGGAGGAGGAUGAAGCCGAGGCUGCCCGCAUCGCCGCCAAGAACGCUCUCGAGUCAUAUGCCUACUCGCUGCGCAACACUCUGAGCGACUCCAAGGUCGAUGAGAAGCUUGAUGCUGGCGACAAGGAGAAGCUCAAGGCCGAGAUUGACAAGACUGUCGCAUGGUUGGAUGACAACCAGACUGCCAGCAAGGAUGAGUAUGAGUCGCAGCAGAAGGAGCUUGAGGGUGUUGCCAACCCCAUCAUGAUGAAGUUCUAUGGUGCUGGCGGCGAGGGAGGUAUGCCUGGCGGUAUGCCCGGUGGCGGCAUGCCCGGUGGCGCGCCAGGCGGUGCCGGCCAGGACGAUGGCCCUACCGUCGAGGAGGUUGACUAG